AUUCGUCAACAAUCCCACACGAAGGACAAUCUAGUAAAUCCACACUCCUCCGAUUGCCGUUACAAAACCGUUUAAGCGUCGCCGUCGUUUCUCUCUCUCCUCCCCCACGAUUUACCCCCAAUUUUUUCAAAUCAAAACCCUAAUUCGUCGGCAAAUCAGGGUUUCAGAUAUCGAAAAGUCUAAUUUCUGCAGAAGAGAGUGGAAAUGGUAGAGACCACGCUGUCGGGAUUACAAGACCAUCUGAAAUUGGCGAGAGAAUAUGCGGUUGAAGGCCUCUAUGACACUUCUGUUAUCUUCUUUGAUGGCGCCAUUGCUCAAAUCAACAAGCACUUAAACACUCUUGACGAUCCUUUGAAUCGAUCUAAGUGGAUGAAUGUAAAAAAAGCUGUCAUGGAGGAAACGGAAGUCGUAAAGCAGUUGGAUGCAGAGAGGAGGUCUUUCAAGGAUACUCCUGUGGGUCGACGCCCUCCUUCACCACCAAUUUCUACCAAGUCAUCUUUUGUCUUUCAACCUUUGGACGAGUACCCUAGUUCUUCUGCUUCUCAAAUGGAUGAUCCUGAUGUUUGGAGACCACCAAGUCGUGAUACAAAUCGAAGGCCUACAAGGUCAGGUCCAGUGGGCACAAGAAAGUCAGCUCAAGAUGGUGCUUGGGCUCGUGGUCCGACAAAAUCUGUUACACCUAGUCGGGGAACAAAAGCAACUGGUUCUACGAAGUCUGGUCCUGGAGCUCGUUCAUCUGCUAAUGGGAAAAAAGUUGGGUCUGGAAAAUCAAGCAAGGGGGAUACAACAGGUGCUGAUUCUGAAGAUGGAAAAACAAAAAGAGGGCUAUAUGAGGGCCCUGAUGAAGAUUUGGCAGCUAUGAUUGAAAGGGAUGUCUUGGACUCUACUCCUGGAGUAAGAUGGGAAGAUGUGGCAGGUCUAACCGAGGCAAAGAGACUACUUGAGGAAGCUGUUGUUCUUCCUCUAUGGAUGCCCGAAUAUUUCCAGGGAAUCAGAAGACCGUGGAAAGGGGUACUCAUGUUUGGACCUCCAGGUACAGGGAAGACACUUUUGGCUAAAGCAGUCGCCACUGAGUGUGGGACAACUUUUUUCAAUGUCUCUUCUGCUACAUUGGCUUCAAAAUGGCGUGGAGAGAGCGAGCGUAUGGUUCGUUGCUUGUUCGAUCUUGCUAGAGCUUAUGCUCCUAGCACAAUCUUCAUUGAUGAAAUUGAUUCCCUCUGCAAUGCUCGAGGGGCUUCAGGAGAGCAUGAAUCAUCUAGAAGAGUUAAAUCUGAGUUGCUCGUUCAAGUUGAUGGUGUAAACGUUAGCUCUUCUGGUGAAGACCGAAAGAUUGUCAUGGUUCUGGCUGCUACAAAUUUUCCAUGGGAUAUCGACGAGGCACUAAGGAGGAGAUUGGAAAAACGUAUAUACAUUCCUCUUCCAAAUUUUGAGAGCCGAAAGGAGCUGAUAAAGAUCAAUUUGAGAACUGUUGAGAUGGCUGCUGAUGUGGAUGUUGAUGAAGUGGCUCGGCGAACAGAGGGGUAUAGUGGAGACGAUCUGACAAAUGUAUGCAGGGAUGCUUCGUUGAAUGGUAUGAGGCGUAAAAUAGCAGGCAAAACUAGAGAUGAGAUAAAAAGUAUGGCGAAAGAUAACAUCUCGAACGACCCUGUUGCAAUGUGUGAUUUUGAAGAAGCAUUGAGGAAAGUUCAACCUAGUGUUUCUGCUACUGAUAUUGAGCGACAUGAAAAAUGGUUACACGAAUUUGGAUCAGCUUAGAAAGAAUUGUUCAUUAAUGGUACGACAAUUUACAGGUAUUUUAUUCUCAAUUUUAUUCGUCCAAAUUUGCUGUUUGGGUUUGUUCUGCACUCCUCUUUUGCUGCUACUGUGAAAAGAGUUGUGUUACAUGUAUCUGUUAGUAAUAUAUUGUGUGCACCAUUCGUUAAUCGUUAUGUAUUGACCUGAAAUGUAAUGUGAAUCUCUGAUCAGUUGAUAAGGAGAUACCAGUUACCAACCAUUGUUUUCCAGGAAUAGCAAGCGUUUUUUUUGCGUG